AUGAACGGCAAAGGUGGUUCUCCACCACCACUAUCUACUAAUCGAAAGUCUAAUAAAGUAGUUUUACCUCAAAUUCAACGACAUCCAGCUUAUUUUGAAGAUCCAUACAAGAAUUCUAUAUUAUUUUCAUUUAAACUUAAAGAUAGACAAGAUGAAAUGCUCAAACGGAUUGUCCUUGAUCAUGCAAAACAACAAGAACAAACAGCACUUGAACCUUAUGGUGGAAAACAUCGACCACGAGAGAAAUCUCCGGAAUAUCCAAAAACAUGUCUUAGCGAAGAUCGUGCAGUUCGAACCAAUUAUUAUUAUAUGAAAGAACGUGUUGCACAUUUACCAAUAACACCAGCCUCAGAUGAAUCAUUUAAACAUAUUAUUGAUCGUUUUAUUGAUAAAAAAUUAAAGGAAGGUCCACAAAUGAAAAGUGUUAUACAACGUAUUGUUAAUGAAACGAAAGUUUUGUAUGAAAAUAGUAUGAAAAAAAGUCAAUUACAACAUGUUCUUGUUGCACCAAAUGUUAAAGGUCUUGAAAGUGAAAUCGCCGGUCCACCACCUCCAGAUCCUGUUGGAUGCGAUUUUUCGAGUUCAUGGGAAGAGAGUUUUCAAGCAAAUCGUGAUGCAAUCAAAGAAAAUCUUUAUAUUGUUCAUCCAACUCAUCGACAAGUACUUGAAUUAUGUAAUAAAACACUUUCACCAAGAAUUAUGAUCGAUUUUAAACGAAUUAGAUCAUUGGGUGCAUUAGAUUUUCCUCAUUUACGUUCAUUUGUUGUACGUGAUAUCGAACGUAAUGAAGAUUAUUUAAGUUCAAGUUGGUAUCCACUUAUAUGUCAAAUAUUUCAAACGGGUCAAAUUCAAGGCAUAACAUCAACACCAGAAAAAAUGAAUUCUUUUUAUAAUUCUAUUAAUACACUCGUUUCUAAUCAAUUACGUGAACUUCUUGAACGAAGUAUUGAUAUGUGGUGUUCAUUAUUUAAUCCAAAAGAUCAAGAUUAUCUUCCGAUAAUUAAAAUUGAUAUUAUUCUUAAUGAAGAUGAAUCAACAAUGAGUAAAAUUGAUUUUCAACCAAAUAUAUCUGAAUUUAUAAAUGUACUACGUUAUGUUGUUGAUAAAAUUGCACAUUCAAUAAAUGGACCUAAUCGUAUACGUAUAGCAACAAUACAAUCAUUUUUAAAUGGUGAUGAUAGUAUUCCACUUGAUACACAUUUAUCACAAACAGUCAUUGAUCGAGCUUAUAAACAAUUAGCUGAUAUAGCUGAAUAUUAUUUCCAAGAACCAAAACAAUUAUUAAAUACAUAUGAAGAGAAAUAUAAUUAUUUAAUUGAUGGAAAAGCUCAAGCUGAUGUAGAAAAAUUUAAUUCAGAAAAUCAUACAUUUGAUGAAUAUACUCAAGAAUUUAAUCGUUAUAAUGAUAUUGUUAAACAAAUAAUGCUUGAACCAACAACUGUAGAAUUUCCAUUAAUUCAAACAAAUAGUGAACAAGUUAAACAAGGUCUUGUUGAAGCUGCUCGUAAACAUCGUAAUACAUUACUUGAAAAACUUGUUAAUGAUUAUCGUAAAGAAUGUCAAAAUAUUUGUGCUGAAUUUGAAGCAAUUAAACAACGAGCUCUUUCUAAACCAGCAACAACUGCUGAACUUAAUGAUAUUAUUAAAUAUAUUGAUAAUGCUAAAGGAGAAAAAUCAUUACAUUUAACAGAACGAAUAAAAGAAGUUCAAAGACAAAUGGAAUAUCUUCUAGAUGAAUAUUUCUUUUCAGAAGAAGAUAUUCGUUUAAAUGCUGAUACUCUUUUAUGGCCAAGAAAUAUUGGACCAAUAUUUGAUACAAAUGACGAAAUUACUCAACAAAUUCGAGGCAAAAAUGAACAAGUUCUUAUGGAAAAACGCGAACGUUUAUUAGCUGAUUUACAAAAAAUGCAACGUCGAGUUGAUGACUUUGCUGAUAAUGGUGAAUUACCUAUGAUGGGUGAUUAUGUAGUAGAGGUUAAACUAGUUCAAAAGAAAAUUGUUGAAGUUGAAAAUGAAAUUGAAUGGAUAAAUCAAGAAGAAGCUCAAUUUCGAAUGGCUAAAACAGAUUAUCCACAAUUGGAUGCAAUAAAAACUGCUGUUGAUCCAUAUUAUCGUCUAUUUACAACAGUUCGUAAAUGGCAAGUUGCUGAAAAGAAAUGGACGGAUGGUUCAUUUCUUGAUUUAAAUUCAGAAAAAGUUGAAGCUGAAGUUGAAGAAUAUUCACGUGAAAUAUUUAAAAUUAAAAAACAAUUUACAAAUUUAGUCAAAAAGAAAAAACUCGAAUUAGCAAAUAAAGUUAUGGAAAAACGUAAAGCACGAGGAAAAAAACGUAUGGAAGACGAAACUACUGGUGAAACUUCUGGAAAUGAACUAGAAGUUAUUGAUGAAGAUGAACGAGAAUUGGAAAAACUUGAAAAAAAUGAUCCCGGAAUGUUGUGUGUUUGUACAGUUAUACUUGAUCAACUUGAUAAAUUUAAGGAAAAUUUACCUGUUAUAAGUAUAUUAUGUAAUCCGGGUAUUCGUGAUCGUCAUUGGGAGAAAAUGUCAACUAUAUUUAAACGUAAUCUUAAACCAGAUACAGGUACAACACUUCGAAAAGUUUUACAACUUGGUUUGGAACCAUAUAUGGAACAAUUUGAACAAGUCAGCGCUGGAGCAUCUAAAGAAUUUUCAUUAGAAAAAGCUUUAAGAAAAAUGCAAGAUGAUUGGGAACCUGUUAUGUUUAAUACAAGUAAAUAUAAAGAAACAGGUUUAACAAUAUUAUCAUCUGUUGAUGAUAUUCAAACAAUUCUUGAUGAUCAUAUUGUUAAAACACAAACAAUGAAAGGAAGUCCAUUUAUUAAACCAUUUGAAGAAGAAAUUAAAGCUUGGGAAGCUAGACUUUUAUUAAUUCAAGCUAUUAUUGAUGUUUGGCUUAAAGUUCAAGCAAAUUGGCUAUAUUUAGAUCCAAUUUUUUCAUCUGAAGAUAUCAAUCAACAAAUGCCAGAAGAAGGUCGUCUCUUUUCAACAGUCGAUCGAAAUUAUAAAGAUAUAAUGCGUCAUCUUGAUAAAGAUCAACAUGUAUGUACUCUACAUAAAUCUAAUCAUUGUAUUUUUCAAAAAACACGAGCUAAAAGAAGUAUUGAAGUCAUGGCAGCAACUGGUCUAUCUGGUUUAUUAGAUAAAUUACAUGAUAGUCAUAAUUUACUUGAAAAAAUUAAUAAAGGUUUAAAUGCAUAUCUUGAAAAGAAACGUUUAUUUUUUCCACGUUUUUUCUUCUUAUCAAAUGAUGAAAUGCUUGAAAUACUUUCUGAAACAAAAGAUCCAACACGUGUACAACCACAUUUAAAAAAACUUUUUGAAGGAAUAGCUAAACUUGAUUUUGAUGCUAAAGUUGAUAUACAUGCAAUGAUGUCAAGUGAAGGUGAAAAAAUUAAAUUUAUACGUUCAAUAAGUACAUCAGAAACGAAAGGUGCUGUAGAAAAAUGGCUUAUACAAGUUGAAGAUGUUAUGCUUAAAUCUAUUCGACAUGUUAUUGAACAAGCUUAUGUUGCUUAUCCAAAUGAAUAUCGUAGUGAAUGGGUUACAAAUUGGCCUGGACAAGUUGUUUUAUGUGUUUCACAAAUCUAUUGGACAAGUGAAGUACAAGAAGCAUUAGCAACUGGUGUUAAAGGACUUUCAGAAUAUUUUUCAAAACUUGAAAUACAAUUAGGUGAUAUUGUUGAACUUGUACGUGGAAAAUUAAAUAAACAAACACGUAUAACACUUGAAGCAUUAGUUGUUAUUGAUGUACAUGCAAAAGAUACAGUUAAAGAUUUAGUUAAUAAACAAGUACAAUCAGAAAAUGAUUUUAAUUGGUUAGCACAAUUACGAUAUUAUUGGGAAGAAUCUGAUUGUCGAGUUCGAAUAACAAAUGCAGCAGUUAAAUAUUGUUAUGAAUAUUUAGGAAAUACACCACGUCUUGUUAUCACACCUUUAACAGAUCGUUGUUAUCGUACACUUGUUGGUGCUUUUCAUUUAAAUUUAAAUGGUGCUCCAGAAGGACCAGCUGGAACAGGAAAAACUGAAACAACAAAAGAUCUUGCUAAAGCUCUUGCAGUUCAAUGUGUUGUUUUUAAUUGUUCAGAUACAAUGGAUUAUAAAGGUAUGGGUAAAUUUUUUAAAGGUUUGGCUUCAUCAGGUGCAUGGGCAUGUUUUGAUGAAUUCAAUCGUAUUGAUCUUGAAGUAUUAUCUGUUAUUGCGCAACAAAUUCUACAAAUUAUUCAAGCUAUUCAAGCUAAAGUUGAAAAAUUUGAUUUUGAAGGAACUGAAAUUCGACUUAAUGCAAAUUGUUAUGUUUGCAUUACUAUGAAUCCAGGUUAUGCUGGUCGAUCAGAAUUACCUGAUAAUUUAAAAGUAUUAUUUCGUCCUGUAGCUAUGAUGGUUCCAGAUUAUGGUCUUAUAUCAGAAAUUUCAUUAUAUUCAUAUGGUUUUAUGAAAGCUCGACCACUUUCAGUUAAAAUUGUUACUGUUUAUAAAUUAUGUUCAGAACAAUUGUCAUCACAAUAUCACUAUGAUUAUGGUAUGCGUGCUGUCAAAUCUGUUUUAUGGGCAGCUGGUGCUUUAAAACAAAAAUAUCCAACUGAAGAUGAAGAUAUUUUAAUUCUUCGAAGUAUAAUCGAUGUUAAUUUACCGAAAUUUUUAGCACAUGAUAUACCUUUAUUUAAUGGUAUUAUUAGUGAUUUAUUUCCUGGUAUAACUUUACCUAAACCUGAUUAUGAAACUAUUAAUUCAAAUAUGAUUGAAAUAUGUCAAAAUAAAAAUUUACAACCAACAGCAGCAUUUAUGACUAAAGUAACUCAAACAUAUGAAAUGAUGUUAGUUCGACAUGGUUUUAUGCUUGUUGGAGAACCAUUUGCUGGUAAAAGUAUGGUCUUACAAGUUUUAGCUGAAACAUUAUCAUUAAUGAAUACAAAAGGCGUAGCUGAUGAACUUAAAGUUCAAUAUAAAGUGAUUAAUCCAAAAGCUGUUACAAUUGGACAAUUAUAUGGAAAUUUCGAUUUGGUAUCACAUGAAUGGAAUGAUGGUGUAUUAGCUAAUACAUUUCGUGAUUUUGCUAUGACAGAAAAUCCUGAUAGAAAAUGGGUUAUUUUUGAUGGACCUGUUGAUGCUGUUUGGAUUGAAAAUAUGAAUACAGUAUUAGAUGAUAAUAAAAAAUUAUGUUUAACAAGUGGUGAAAUUAUUCAAAUGUCAAAUGUUAUGUCAAUGAUUUUUGAAGUUAUGGAUUUAUCACAAGCAUCACCAGCUACAGUUUCUCGUUGUGGUAUGAUUUAUUUAGAACCACGUGUACUUGGUUGGAGACCAUUAAUUGAAUCAUGGAUUCAUGGUGAAAUAGCUGAACCAUUAAAAAUGUAUAAAAAUGAAAUUUUAGCACUUUUUGAUUUUCUUGUUCCACAAUGUAUUGAUCAUGUUCGACAUGUAACAAAAGAAGUUAAUCCAACUGGUGAUUCAAGUUUAGUUCGUAGUAUGAUGAAUUGGACAAAUAUGUGUAUGGGUGAAGCAUUAAAAGAUGAAGAAGAACCAGAAAAAAAUAAAAAUGUACGUUCAUGGCUUAUUUAUACAAUUCAAUGGGCAUGUAUAUGGUCAAUUGGUGCAACAGGUGAUACAGAUAGUCGAAUAAAAUUUGAUGCAUUUUUUCGUGAUUUAUUACGUGGAAAAUUUGAACCUAUACCAGAUUUAUUUCAAGGUAAAUUUGAUUUACAAUUACCAGAAAAAGGUCUUGUACAUGAUUAUUAUUUUGCUUAUAAAAAUCGUGGUGAUUGGUUUCCAUGGGAAAAUUUAAUGAGAGCAGCUGAAGGUGCUGCAACAAUAUCAAUGAAAAAUAUUCGUCGUUAUAUUGUACCAACUGUUGAUACAACAAGAGUAAAUUAUAUGCUUGAUCUUGUUAUACCAAGUAAACGACCGAUUUUAUUUGUUGGACCAACUGGUACUGGAAAAAGUGCUUAUGUACAAAAUUAUUUAAUGAAUAAAAUCGAUAAAGAACAAUAUAUGGCAUUCUUUAUUAAUUUCAGUGCACAAACUUCAAAUAAUCAAGUUCAGGAUAUAAUUAUGUCACGUCUUGAUCGUCGUCGUAAAGGUACAUUUGGUCCACCAAUGAUGAAAAAAGCAGUAUUCUUUGUUGAUGAUAUGAAUAUGCCACAAAAAGAUAAAUAUGGUGCUCAAGGUCCAAUUGAAUUACUGCGUCAAUUUAUGGAUCAUCGACAUUGGUAUGAUCGUAAGGAUACAGCAAAAAUAAUUCUUGAAGAUAUUCAAUUUGUUUCUGCAAUGGGACCACCAGGUGGUGGUAGAAAUGUUGUUACACCAAGAUUUAUUAGACAUUUUAUGACUAUUGCCAUUAAUCCAUUUAGUGAUGAAACACUCACAAAAAUAUUUACAACACUUUUUUCAGUUUAUAUUAAAGGACAAGAAUUUACUUCAGAUUAUUUAACAAUUGGUAAUCAAAUAGUUCAAUCAACUUUACAAGUUUAUAAUGCAGCUGCUGUUUCUCUUUUACCAACACCAGCUAAAUCUCAUUAUAUUUUUAAUUUACGUGAUUUUUCACGUGUUAUUCUUGGAUGUUGUUUAAUUCGUAAAUCAGAAGUUGAAUCAAAACGAACAUUUAUUCGAUUAUGGGUUCAUGAAACAAUGCGUGUUUUUUAUGAUCGUUUAAUAGAUGAUAAAGAUCGUACAUGGCUUGUUGAGGCGGUGAAGAUUUGUGUCAAAGAUAUUUUUAAAGAAAGUUUCGAUGCUGUGUUUGAACAUUUAGCUAACAGUGGACGAGGUGGUGGAAAGGUAUCAGAAGAAGAUUUACGUAGUUUAUUAUUUGGUGAUUUUCUUCGUCCUGAUCUUGAUGUUGAAGAACGUUUUUAUGAAGAAGUUAAAGUUAUUGAUACAAUGUAUUCAAUUGUUGAAAAAGCUGUUGAAGAAUAUAAUAGUACACAUAAAACAAAAAUGACUUUAGUUGUAUUUCGUUAUUUACUUGAACAUUUAUCACGUAUUUGUCGUAUAUUACGUUUACCUGGUGGUAAUGCAUUAUUAGUUGGUGUUGGUGGUAGUGGUAGACAAUCAUUAACAAGACUUGCUGCUGCUAUGGCUAAUUAUGAUGUACAUCAACCUGAAAUAACAAAAAAUUAUGGUGUUGUUGAAUUUCGUGAAGAUUGUAAAAAAGUUAUGAAAAUGGCUGGUGCACAAAAUAAACCAACUGUUUUUCUUUUAACGGAUUCACAAAUAAAAGAUGAACGAUUUUUAGAAGAUAUUGAUUCAUUAUUAAAUACAGGUGAAGUACCAAAUUUAUUUGCUGCUGAUGAACGCGGUGAAAUUAUGGAAGCUGUUGCUGGACAAGCAGCGGCUUCUCAAACAGAUGGUGAUAAAGGUGCAGAUUUUGGUCCAUUAGCAUUAUUUCAAUUCUUUGUUAAUCGUGUUCGAGAUAAUCUUCAUAUUGUACUUGCUUUUUCACCUAUAGGUGAUGCAUUUCGAUCACGUUUAAGACAAUUUCCAUCACUUAUCAAUUGUUGUACACUCGAUUGGUUUCAAGCAUGGCCUGAAGAUGCUUUAGAACGUGUAGCUAAAAAAUAUUUAGAACAAGUUGAUAUUAAUGAAUCCGAAAAAGAAGCAUGUGUUGAUAUAGUUAAAUAUUUUCAUACAAGUACACAAAGAUUAUCAGAAAAAUUUUAUUCAAAAUUACAACGAUAUAAUUAUGUAACACCAACAUCUUAUCUUCAAGCUAUAUCAGGUUUUAAAAUGUUAAUAACACAAAAACAAAAUGAAAUUAUGGCAGCUAAAAAACGUUAUGUUAAAGGUCUUGAACAAUUAGCUUUUGCUGAAACACAGGUUGGUAAAAUGCGUACUGAACUUGAAGCAUUACAACCACAAUUACAAGAAAGUGCAAAACAAACAGCAGCUAUGUUAGUUGAUAUUGAGAUUCAAUCACGUCAAGCUGGUGAAACACGUGAAGUUGUUGUUGCUGAAGAAGCUGUUGUUAAUGCGAAAGCUAUUGAUGCUAAUAAACUUAAAGAAGAAUGUGAACAUGAUCUUUCGGCAGCUAUGCCUGCUCUUGAAGCAGCUAUAAAUGCAUUAGAUACACUUAAACCAGCUGAUAUAACAGAAAUUCGUACAAUGCAACAACCACCAAGUACAGUACGAAAAGUUCUUGCAUCAGUUUGUGUAUUAACAAACCGACAACCUGAUAGAAAACCUGAUCCAAAUAAUCCUGGAAAGAAAAUUAUUGAUUUUUGGGGUCCAGCAAAAAAAGCACUUGGUGAAAUGGAUUUUAUUAAUCAACUUAAAACAUUUGAUAAAGAUCAUAUUCCAUCUGAAGUUAUGAAAAAAUUACGUGACGAAUAUCUAACAGAUGCUGAUCUUGAACCAAAACGUGUUAUGCAAGCAUCAGUUGCUGCACAUGGUUUAAUAUUAUUUGUUCGUGCUAUGGAUGUUUAUGAUCGUAUAGCAAAAGAAGUUGCACCUAAAAAAGUUAAACUUGAAGAAGUUGAUAAAGAAGUACGAGAACUUGAAGCAACAUUAGCAGAAAAACGUGCACAAUUAGCACAAGUCGAAAAUCGUUUACGUAAACUUCAGCAAGAUCUUGAUUCAGCACAAAAACGUAAAGAACAAUUAGAAUUUGAAGUUGAUCUUUGUGCUAAAAAAUUAGUUCGAGCUCAAAAAUUAAUUGGUGGUUUAGGUGGUGAAAAAUCACGUUGGACAGCAGCAGCUGAAAAUUUACAAAAAAUUUAUGAUAAUUUACUUGGUGAUGUUUUAGUUUCAUCAGGUGUUAUUGGUUAUUUAGGUGCAUUUACAAGUGCAUUUCGUGAUGAAGCUACUCAUUCUUGGAUUACAUUAUGUAAAAAAAAGAAAUUACCAUGUUCCGAUGCUGAAAAAUAUUCUCUAGCUGAUACACUCGGUGAACCAAUUAAAAUUCAAGCAUGGAAUAUAAAUGGUUUACCAAAAGAUGCAUUUUCAGUUGAUAAUGCUGUUACAAUUCAAAAUUCAAAUCGUUGGCCAUUAAUGAUUGAUCCACAAAAUCAAGCUAAUCGUUGGAUAAAAAAUUCUCAUGCACAACAAAAUUUAAAAGUUGUUAAAUUAACCGAUAAUGAUUUUAUGCGACAAUUAGAUAAUUGUAUACAAUUAGGUUUACCAUUAUUAAUUGAAAAUGUUGGAGAAGAUUUAGAUCCAUCACUUGAACCAAUUUUACUUAAACAAGUAUUUAAACAAGGUGGUGUUGAAAUGAUACGUUUGGGUGAUAAAGUUAUUGAAUAUUCAAAAGAUUUUAAAUUAUUUAUAACAACAAAAUUACGUAAUCCACAUUAUUUACCAGAAAUAUCUACUAAAGUUACUUUACUUAAUUUUAUGAUUACAUCUGAAGGUCUUCAAGAUCAAUUACUUGGUAUUGUUGUUGCUAAAGAACGUCCAGAAUUAGAAGAAGAACGUCAAGCAUUAAUUAUAACACAAGCUGAAAAUCAACGUUCAUUAAAAGAAGCUGAAGAUAAAAUUUUAUAUACACUUAGUUCAUCCGAAGGAAAUAUUUUAGAAGAUGAAGCUGCUAUUCAAACAUUAGAUUCAUCAAAAUUAAUUUCUGAUGAAAUAUCAAAAAAACAAAAAGUUGCAGAAGAAACAGCUAAAAAAAUUGAAGCAUCUAGACAAGAUUAUAAACCAAUUGCUGAAUAUUCAGCUAUUCUAUUCUUUUGUCUUAAUGAUUUACCAAAUAUUGAUCCUAUGUACCAAUAUUCUUUACAAUGGUUUAUUAAUCUAUAUAUGAAUUCAAUCAAUGAUAGUUUAAAAUCAAAAAUUCUUGCACGUCGUUUAAAAAAUCUUCAAGAACAUUUUACAUAUAAUUUAUAUACAAAUGUUUGUCGAUCAUUAUUUGAAAAAGAUAAAUUACUUUUUUCAUUUGUAUUAUGUACUAGUAUAAUGCUUGCUCAAAAAGAAAUGGAUAAAGCUGAAUACCUCUUCUUUCUAACAGGUGGUAUUGGUUUAGAAAAUAAACAUAAAAAUCCUGGUCAAGGUUGGCUCUCGGAUAAAUCUUGGGAUGAAUUAUGUCGUUUAUCAGAUUUACCUAAAUUUACUGGACUUCGUGAAAGUUUUGAAUCAAAUAUUGAAAUAUUUAAAUCGAUCUAUGAUGCAAAAGAUCCAAUGACAGUUGAAUUACCAUCACCAUGGAAUGAAAAAUUAGAUCAAUUUCAAAAAAUGACUAUUGUUCGUGUUAUACGUCCUGAUAAAGUUGUACAAAUGGUUAUUGAAUUUGUUAAAAAAAAUUUAGGACAAAAAUUUGUUGAACCACCACCAUUUGAUUUAGCAAAAAGUUUUAGUGAUUCACAUGCAUUAGCACCUAUUGUUUUUAUUUUAUCACCUGGUGCUGAUCCAAUGGGUCAAUUAGUUAAAAUUGCUAAAGAUAAAGGAUUUUUUGAAAAAAAAUUUCAUUAUAUUUCACUUGGUCAAGGACAAGGUCCAUUUGCUUCAGCAAUGAUACAACGAGCACAAAAUGAUGGGGGUUGGGUAUGUUUACAAAAUUGUCAUUUAGCUGUUAGUUGGAUGCAAACAUUAGAAAAAAUUUGUGAAGAUUUUUCAGCAGAAAAUACAAAUUCAGAAUUUCGACUAUGGCUAACAUCAUAUCCAUCACCAAAGUUUCCAGUAACAAUUUUACAAAAUGGUGUUAAAUUAACAAAUGAACCACCAACAGGUCUUCGAAUGAAUAUGUUACAAUCAUAUUUAAAUGCACCAAUAUGUGAACCGGCAUUUUUUAAUAAAGUUGAUGAAGGAAAAGAUGCUGUAUGGGAAAGACUUUUAUUUGGUCUUUGCUUUUUUCAUGCACUUGCACAAGAAAGAAGAAAAUUUGGACCACAAGGAUUUAAUAUUCCAUAUGGAUUUAAUGAGUCAGAUUUGUUAAUUUCUGUUCGACAACUUCAAAUGUUUAUUAAUGAAUAUGCUGAAGUUCCAUACGAUGCUAUUCGUUACAUGGCUGGUGAAUUAACUGAUGAUUGGGAUCGUCGAUGUUUAAGUACAAUUCUUAUUGAUUUUUAUAAUCCACAAGUAGCUGAAAUUCCUAAACAUAAAUUAUCUCCAAGUGGUCUUUAUUAUGUACCACCUAAAGGUACAUAUGAUGAAUAUGUUGAAUUUAUUAAAAAUUUACCAUUAACUCAACAUCCUGAAGUAUUUGGUAUGCAUGAAAAUGUUGAUAUAUCAAAAGAUUUACAAGCAACAAGACUUUUAUUUGAUUCAAUUCUUUUAACAAUGGGUUCAACAUCAGCUGAAGGUGGUGAUACAGAUAAAAAAUUAAAUGAUAUUGCUAAUGAUAUACUUUCAAAAUUACCAAAUAAUUUUAAUUUGGAAGAAGCAAUGAAAAAAUAUCCAACACAAUAUGAUGAAAGUAUGAAUACAGUUUUAGUACAAGAAAUGGAACGAUUUAAUAAAUUAAUGAGUGUUAUUCGAACAAGUUUACAAAAUGUUAUUAAAGCUAUAAAAGGUUUAGUUGUUAUGAAUGUUGAAUUAGAAUCAUUAACAAAUAGUUUAAUGAUUGGUAAACAACCAGAAAUGUGGAUUAAACAAUCAUAUCCAUCAUUAAAAAGUUUAGGAUCAUAUUAUAAUGAUUUAUUAGAACGUAUUAAAUUUCUUCGAACAUGGUAUGACACAGGAAAACCUGCAGUUUAUUGGAUUUCAGGUUUCUAUUUUACACAAGCAUUUUUAACUGGUGUUAAACAAAAUUUUGCAAGAAAAUAUACAAUACCAAUUGAUUUAUUAACCUUUGAAUUUCAGGUUUUAAAAAUCACUAAAAGUGACACAGCUCCAAAUGAUGGUGCAUAUAUUGGUGGUCUGUUUCUCGAUGGUGCACGAUGGAAUCAAGAAACUUGUUUACUUGAUGAACAAUUUCCGAAAAUACUCUAUGAUCCAAUACCAAUCAUUUGGGUAAAACCAGUUAAAACAAAUGAAUUAAAUAUUCAAGAUACAUAUGAAUGUCCAGUAUAUAAAACAAGUGAACGACGUGGUGUACUUUCAACAACAGGUCAUUCAACAAAUUUUGUUAUGCCUGUUUAUUUACCGACGAAUCAACAACCACAACAUUGGAUAAAACGUGGUGUUGCAUUACUUUGUCAACUUGAUGAUUAA